GUGGAAGAAUCAUAAUCCCGCAAACUGGCACACAGACAUGGGAGCAGAAAAGCAAACGCAAAAUCAAAGGGAAAUACGUGCGAGAAACGAAAACCGAUUCCCCUUCCAUUCCCAUCAUCACCCUUGCGUUUGUAGUUGGAGAAAAACAAAAUGCCCCGAAACGGCGACGUAGAGGAGGAGAACGUGGCAACGACGUCGUCGCUCACUAUUAGAAACAGAGCAGACCCUUUAUUGGUAACGUGCAGGUGCUUCAGCGUCCUCACCUCUUUGGCUGCCAUUCUCUGCAUCGCCGUCAACGUCCUCUCCGCCGUCCGUUCCUUCAAGCACGCAUCUGACAUUUUCGACGGCAUAUUCCGCUGUUACGCGGUUAUCAUAGCGGCUUUCGUCGUCCUCGCCGAGACCGAAUGGUCUUUCAUACUCAAGUUCUCCAAGGCUUUGGAGUAUUGGGCCGUCAGGGGGAUGCUGCAGAUCUUUGUUGCAGUCAUGACAAGGGCUUUUCCUGACUAUAUUGGGGAACGAAGGGACCUUUUUCUUCUUCAGAGCAUAGCCAGUUAUUUUCUACUUGCCUGUGGCUUUAUUUAUGUUGUCUCGGGUGUCCUGUGUAUUGGUUUUCUUAAACGUGCUCGCCAGAAGCAGGAGAUUACAAGAGAGCAAGCAGCCAAGGAUCUGGAGGAGUUGGAACGGCGCAGAGAGGAACUUGAACAACUGCUCCUUGCGGAAAGAGUUUAAAAGUUUGAGAGUAGUGCUGAAAUUAAUCCGUAGUGAAGAUAAGUCUCCAGAAAACUUAAUGAAUCUCUGUUUAUGUUAGUAUUGCUUACAGAAUUGCUCGUUCAUUCUUUGUAAGUAUCGAGUUAUAUUGUUAGAUGUAGGCCAUUAUUGGCCUAUUCUUUGUAAAUAUACGAAGCAACGUUUAUUGUGUCUCAGUUUUUAUAGAGGCUUCAAUCCAACUUCUGUUGACGAUAAUAAAAUCUUCACUUCAGUUUCUGUUGUUAA